GCGAACGCCUACGGUCUCUGGGAAAGCGUCAACGUCAAAUAAACUUGUAUCAGCUGUUUAGACCGUUCUACUCACAUCAACUGAUUAAAACGUCAGCGACGAAGAGAGACCGUCGUCUGCUACCCCAAACCCUAAAAGGAUUGAGAUUUUUUCAGAUAGGAACUCGAGGGCAGCGUCAAACCGUAUUCAGGAAAUAUGAACUCCCUACCGGGAAGGAGUGUGUCACUGUGCAGAAUCACCACAGUGGGCGCUAUGAGGGUCCUCGUGGGUGCACCAGGUCACCCUGUCACGAUGGCCCGUGCGACUAGCCUUGAGGCCGUCAGAGUGUGUCACUCGGGCUCGAGCUGCAAGGGCAGCGUCAACACCAAGAAGCGUGGUUAUGACAUUACCAGGAACCCACACCUGAACAAGGGCAUGGCCUUCACCCUGCAGGAGCGCCUGCAGCUGGGCAUCCACGGCCUGCUGCCCCCAGUCUUCCUCUCCCAGGACGUCCAGGUGCUCCGCAUCAUGAGGAGCUACGAGGGCCGCAACCCCCUCGACAAGUACAUCUUGCUAAUGACUUUGCAGGACAGGAAUGAGAAGUUGUUUUACCGCCUGCUGACAUCUGAUGUAGAGGAGUUCAUGCCCAUCGUCUAUACGCCUACAGUAGGGCUGGCCUGCCAACAGUACGGACUGGCCUUCAGGAGACCACGAGGUCUCUUCAUCACCAUCCAUGAUAAAGGUCACAUCGCCACCAUGCUCAACUCCUGGCCUGAGGAGAACAUCAAGGCCAUUGUGGUGACGGACGGAGAGCGUAUACUGGGUCUGGGGGACCUGGGAAGUUACGGCAUGGGCAUCCCCGUGGGCAAACUGGCCCUGUACACAGCCUGCGGAGGAGUGCCACCCCAACAGUGUCUGCCAGUGCUACUGGAUGUGGGCACUGACAACCAGGCGCUCCUGGAAGACCCCCUGUACAUCGGUCUAAAGCACAAGAGGGUCAGAGGAAAAGAGUAUGAUGAUCUCAUCGAUGAGUUCAUGCAGGCAGUUACUGACAAGUACGGGAUGAACUGUCUGAUCCAGUUUGAGGACUUUGCCAACUCCAACGCCUUCCGCCUCCUCAACAAGUACCGCAACCACUACUGCACCUUCAACGAUGACAUCCAAGGGACAGCCUCAGUAGCAGUAGCUGGAGUCUUGGCUGCUCUGAAGAUCACCAAGAACAAACUGUCAGACCAUACCUUUGUGUUCCAGGGAGCAGGGGAGGCUGCACUGGGCAUCGCCCACCUGCUGAUCAUGGCCAUGGCGAAGGAGGGAGUGUCCGCCACAAACGCCGCAAAGAAGAUCUGGAUGGUCGACUCCAGGGGCCUCAUCGUCAAGGGCAGAGGAAACCUGAACCAUGAGAAGGAGGAGUUUGCCCAUGACCACGCCCACAUCAAGACCCUGGAGGAGGUGGUGCACACCAUCAAGCCCACUGCCAUCAUCGGAGUGGCAGCCAUUGCAGGGGCGUUUACUGAAAACAUUAUCAAGGACAUGGCGUCCUUCAACGAGAGGCCCAUCAUCUUUGCCCUGAGCAACCCCACCAGCAAGGCAGAGUGCACCGCCGAGCAGUGCUACCAACUCACCGAGGGGCGGGGCAUCUUUGCGAGUGGCAGCCCUUUUAGUAAAGUGACCCUGGCUGAUGGGCGCUCCUUCAUCCCCGGCCAGGGGAACAACGCCUACGUGUUCCCUGGCGUGGCGCUUGGCGUCAUCGCCUGCGGGGUGCGCCAAAUCUCUGACGACAUCUUCCUCACCACAGCUGAGGCGAUAGCUGACAUGGUAACAGAGGAGCACCUAGCCGAAGGGAGACUCUACCCUCCCCUCAACAGCAUCAGAGAGGUGUCCUUUAAGAUCGCUGUCAAGGUUGUGGACUAUGCGUACAGACACAACAUCGCCUCCCUGUACCCGGAGCCCAAGGACAAGGAGGCGUUUGUGCUCUCCCACGUCUACAGCCCAGACUACGACUCCUUCAUCCAGGACACCUACAACUGGCCCCAGGACGCCAUGAAAGUCCAGAACGUGUGAACUCCAUCUCCCAUCAGCCACCUCUAUCUCUGUUGUUCGAUUGUGCUCAGUACAGCAGAAGGGAGCCACAUAUCAGAAAACGCGCCGCUGCCUCUUCUCUCCAGCACUCGCAUAUUUUCGCCAAUCAUCACUCAACACCUUCUGAAGUUAGGUCAUCAAUACGAGACACUCCUUUGCCCCUAGACACUCCCCAGUGCCCAUAGAAAUGUACAUUGUAGUUGGAGAUGACCAAUGCUUAGCCAGCACAGAGAUCCUUUGAGGGGUAUUUUUGAAGGUUCAUUAUUUUGAAGCCUCCUUUGUCUUUUGUAAUUUUUUUGUCAUAUCGACAACAGUGUAUCCAUACAGUCAUACUGCCAGGUUAUAGUGCCACAUCAUUUCAUGUAUAAAUUGAGGCAACCCUCAAACUGUUCUAUACAUUCUAUUUCUAUGUUCCUUUAUUCUAAUCUGGAGACAGACUAUUGACAUCACCACAACACCAUGUUAUUCUAUCUGUGUCCUGUGUCACCAAGGCCCUAAUAACACACUCUAUUGAGCUUUCUAGGCCUGGUCCAGUCUGUGUGGUCUAGCUUCAGUAACUAACAGGCUAAACUCUAAAAUAAAUUCCAUAGAAGUAUUACAAAAGGCUAGGUCUCUCAGGCAUCUAUUGUAGGCUGCAUCUCAGGAGUCUUACCUGGCUUUCUUCCCUUGACUCCUUUACUUCAUUUUUACGGCAUCUGCAAAAGUGGACAUUUGAAAUCAAAUUCCCAUUAGGCAUUCACUAUAUCGCCUUCACCUGUCCAUUGUUUUUGAAUCAGUCAGGAUGAAAGGAGAUGUGGGACGAGGACCCCAGUUUUAGACUAUUAAGAUGGGCCCCUUGUCUGGACAUAAACGCACAAACCCUGAUAGUGCCUGCCUCUGUUUGACCUUCUGACCUCACAAUGUUAUAUCCUGCAGAGUCUUGUCUUUGGUUGGAGGAUUCUAUCAGAUAUUAGUAAGGAAUGUUCACUACCUCCUCAUUGAUUUUCAAGCGUAACUCCAUUAUAUUAUUAAGUGGUAUCUUGCUCCCUGUUGUCACUGCAUACUUUAGGCUACACUCCUGCCAAAGCCUGGGUUAGGACAGGGCUAGAUAGACAAUCUAUAGAAUUCAAGCCUUGUACGGUAAGCAUGCAUAUGAAAUGGCUUGAUUAUCUUGUUGCAUGGCAGUGAUUGGUUAGAUUGCUUGGCAGCAGGAUGCAUCAUGGGACUAUGUCUAUUUUACCCAGGUUGCACUGGGUGUAACCCACUUGCUGAUAAUGACCAUGGCACCACGGAUGCCGCAAAUACCAAAAAAUAUAAGGUUAUAAGGGAUAUUUUAUAAAAAAUAUAUAUAAAUUAGGACUUUUAAUUUAUUUUCAAAAACACUGCCUGUUCAUCUUAUAUUUUUCCUCUAGACUUUGUCACUGAUUGCCUGUUGAUAGGCGAGUGUCAGCAGAGUUUUAACAAGAUGCAUAGCUACAUGGUUUUAGCCCCAAUGUCACUACCAGUAGGAACUGACUUCAGGUCUGUGAGGUGCCGAAAGUUUAUGUACAGAGGAAUCUUUGGCAAGCACGGUGAUUAGAUAUAUGAUUGCCUCUUUAAGUAUGUUUUUUAUGUAAUGGAGGGGCUGCUUAUUUGAGUGUUGUUUUGUAUAAAGCUUUGCCUGUUUCGGUUUAGGUGUUUUUGCCAAAGGUAAGAACAGAAAUAGGGUGAAUCUUAUCUUUCCUUUUCCCCCAGAGAAUGCACUACGAGUGAUGCACUACGAAAUGAAUUAUAUUUCAGUUUUUUAAGGAAAGACUAAAUGUUUUUGAAGGGAAUAAAAUUCACUUUUAAGUGAAUAUUGUAAACAAAA